AGAGAAAAACAUCCAUGAUAAAUAUAUUUUUAUCCUCCUACUAGUAUUCCUAUUAGGUCCCAUUGUCAGAUGUCUUGACACAGUCCAGUAGCAAAAGACGCUCAAUCUGCUUGAUCAGCUCUUUCCAGAUGCCCUUUGAUUUAUGAGAGCAAACUCUUGUACUCACACUGACUUCUUGGUUUACAAGUACUGCCGAAAACAAGAGUGCUAAAUUAGUGGUCUUGCAUUCAUUAACAUACUGUUCCGCUCUCCAGAAGUUAUUUCCCUUUUUUGGCUGCUUUGACUUGAUAUUGUACUUUGCUUCAUCCUGACCUUUGCUUUCCAAGAGCACUUUAUAAAGAGGACACUCAAUAAUUUCACAAGACAAAUCCAAGCAGCUUGGAUCUCUCCCAGAUGCCUAAAGAUGUGGUGAAAAAGAACUUGGUUCUCUGCCCAUUUCCUUUGUAGUCUAAUGAGACUUUGAGGGAAUGAUCAUUAAAGAUGACAGGCUUCUGGACCAUAUGCUGCAAUAAAAAGCCCACAUCCAAGAAUGGAGCAUAUGAAAUGGACAAAGUGGCUGAAAAUGUGGAAGAAAAAAUGCAGAUGAAACAAGAAAUUACUUUGCUUAAUGGUGUUUCUUUAAUAGUAGGGAACAUGAUUGGUUCUGGAAUAUUUGUAUCACCCAAAGGCGUAUUGAUGUAUUGUGGCUCCUAUGGACUCUCACUAUGUAUUUGGGCCCUUGGAGGGGUCUUCUCAUUGUUUGGAGCUUUGUGCUAUGCUGAACUGGGAACAUCCAUUAUGAAAUCAGGAGCUAGCUAUGCAUAUAUACUGGAAGCUUUCGGUGAAUUCAUAGCCUUUAUCAGACUGUGGUCUUCCUUGCUAAUUAUUGAACCAACAACUCAGGCUGUAAUAGCAAUUACAUUUGCUAACUACAUUGUUCAACCAAUUUUUCCAUCCUGUGAGCCACCCUACGAAGCAGUCAGAUUGAUCGCAGCUGCUUGCAUCUGGCAAAUUCACGGGAAUGUAUUCUUUCUCUUCAGGAAUGAAGAUUUGCGAGACAAGAGGAAAUGGCAGAUUCCAUUCAGCACCUUAACUUUUAUUAACUGUGUCAAUGUGAAGUGGGGAACAAGAGUACAAGAUCUGUUCACAUAUGCAAAAGUUAUGGCCCUUAUCCUGAUUAUAUCAGUGGGUCUUUAUAAAAUUAGUAAAGGAGAAACAGAAAACCUUAAAGCUCCAUUUGAAGGUUCUACAACUGAAGCAGGAGGUAUAGCCCUUGCUCUGUAUUCAGCUCUCUAUUCCUACUCUGGAUGGGAUACCCUGAAUUAUGUCACUGAGGAGAUGCAGAAUCCUACAAGGAAUCUACCCCUCUCAAUUGCAAUUUCAAUGCCUGUUGUGAGCAUUAUUUACUUGCUGACUAACAUAGCAUACUAUGUAGUGUUGGACAUGCCAGCUCUCCUAAGUAGCGAUGCAGUGGCAGUGACAUUUGGUAAUGAAACUCUUAGCUAUGCUAAAUGGAUAAUACCUAUCGCAGUGGCGAUGUCUUGUUAUGGUGGAUUAAACUCAUCAACUAUUGCAGCUUCCAGGCUUUUUUAUGUGGGUGCCAGAGAAGGACACCUUCCUGACAGUUUGAGUUUGAUUCAUAUAAAGUGCUUCACACCCGUCCCUGCUCUUUUCUUUAAUGGUUUGAUGACUUUGAUUUACCUCCUUGUGGAAGAUGUUUUUCUCCUUAUUAAUUACUACAGCUUCAAUUACUGGCUGUUUGUCGGACUGUCUAUUGCAGGAUUAAUAUAUCUGAGACAUACUCAGCCUGAUAGGCCACGGCCUAUUAAACUCAGCCUCUUCUUUCCUGUAGUGUACUGUUUAUGUUCCAUUUUCCUGGUCAUGGUUCCCCUCUACAGUGACACAAUCAAUUCCCUUAUUGGAAUUGGCAUAGCCCUUUCUGGAAUUCCUGCAUAUUAUUUGGGAGUCCAUUUACCAUCUGAAAAGAAACCUAAAUGGUGUCAGUGGCUCUCUGCCACAACAACAAAAUAUGUUCAGAUGCUGUUCUACUGUUGUCUAACGGAUUUGGACAUUCAAGUGGAUCAGACAGAAGCUAAAGACAAAUAGACAUUUCCAUACUUUAAGCAUUUGCUUAUUGUCGGAAGUUCUUUGUGUGGGUUUGGUUACACUAAAGCACCAAGAAUUACACUCUGCAUCAGUUUGAUGUUAAUUAUUUUUGUGCUUAUUUUAUUAGCCCCUUCACUGCGAAGGGUAUUUACCAAUCCCUGUGCUACAGGAUUUUUUAACUUUCUUUAUGAAUGCUGAUUAAUUAGCUGGUAAUUGUGAAGUGCUUUGAAAAUAAAAAGCACUGUUUGAAUAAGCAUUUCAUAUUAUGUAUGUGUUCAUUUUUGCAAGCCUUUCGGAAUAAAUCUUUCCAAGGCAAAAGCAGAAUUGGAGAAAUAAAAAGACGAAUGAAAGAAUCCAGUGCAAAUCAUACACUUCCUAGAGUUACAUUUCUAAACCUGAAGUGGGAAAAGAAAGUCACAAUAUAAAUGUAAGAAUUUUAUUGCAAUUAAUAAAUCUGUUUCUCAGCAAAAAAUGUUUAAGUAGGCAGGUAUUUUCAUAUUAUAAAUGCACCACUGGAACAACAAAUAUUUUAAUCUAAAAUCCCCUAAAUAGAUCCCAACAGACACAUUUAAUUCUUUUACAUGAAGAAAACAGUGAAAGGACUAUCUGAAAAAUAAAAGCUCUGUGCUAAACCUUAUGUGAGGACAUACAAUUGUCAUCUUUUUGCAAUAAAGGCCUUUUAGAUGAUAAAUUAAUUCACAUGGUUGUUGUCAUCAGAUAGAUAAGUCUCUUGCAGCUUGCUGUGGAGUAGGAUAAAAACACUGCAAGUUCUACUUCAAUAUAUGUAUAUUCAGGGAUAAGCACAUCACCUUUCUAUAGUGCAGCGGCAUUUGCCUACAGACAUAAAAAAUUGUGGCAUCAUAAAUUAUAAUAGGUAUGCUAAUUGGCUUUCAUUUUGGAAGGGACUACGCAUUUAACCUCCGAAAACGUAAAAGAAAAAAUACAUAGUUGGAACUUAAGCAGCAGAAACAGUUCCUCUAGUGUUUCCUGAUAUACACUAUGGCUACGUUUAUACUACGAGUUUUCUCAGCAAAAAAAAAAGCUAAUGAGGGACACAUUUGCGUGAGCUGUGAUCUCAUUUGCAUAUUUU